AUGAUUGCUUAAUCUAUUGAAAUAUUUUGUAUUCAAAUUGGAUACUUUGAAUUGCACUCCAAAUUUACUUAAAUUCCAGCUUUUAAUGCUCUUGGACGAUUAUUUUCAUUAAUGUUAGUCAUGUACCCUUGUCAAAUUGAUUUGAAUAAGAGGCUUAAAAGAAUGAAAUUAGAAUUAGUUGAAAAUAGAUUUUAUUCUUUACUGCAAUUAUUAAUAGAUAUAAUCAAUUAGAUAUUGAAUAACCCUUCAAUUUAAAAUUAUGCAUAAUUCUUAUUGAAUUUCUUUUUUGUGUUGACCAUUGGAUUUGUUUUAGUUAAUAAUUAUAAUCAAAAAGAUUUUACAGAAAAAAAUAUGAGUAAAUAAAAUAUUUAAAAUGUCAUUUUAAAAAUGAUAACUUAUUCCUGUAUUUGCAUUUAUGUUGCAUUUUAACAACCUAUUUUAAUAAUUGUUCUCCAUAAUUUAUAAAAUUCAACUUAAUCAGAGAAUUAUGCUUGGAUUAUUAAUGACAUUGUUUAUUUAUUAAUUAUCCUUUUAAUUUUGCUGUUUUAUUUUGUUCUCUUUGAAGGGACUUUAAUUUUAAAGAAUGGGUAAUGCAAGAAACUUUAAGUUACAUUCCAAGACUACUGCAUAUUUAUAUUACAAAUUAUACAGCCUUAUAUUUUUAUAUUUAGUCCUCUCAAUUUUGCAAUCUAUGGUCAAUCAAUCAUAUUUUUGAUAAUUACUUUCUUAGAACUUAUUUAAAUAUAUAUAUAUAGAGCUUAUUCUAACAAUAAUUAAAUUUUGAUUUCAUUAAUUACUGAAUCAUGUGGUUUAAUUAUUGCUAUAAGCUCUCUAACUUAAAUUUCUGAACCAAUGAUAUAUUUGAUACUUUUAUCCCCUUUUUUAAUAUAUGUUGGUGUUUAUGUACAUAAUCAGCAAAAAUUUUAAUUGUUAACUGCGAAUUAUUAAAAAUUAAAUUUAUUUGAAGUGAAUUAUUUGAUAUGUUCAUCUUUGACGAAUGAAAAAUUAACAUUAAAAUAAACUUGUAUUUUAAAUUCCAUAUAUUUAUCUAAGCAUUCUUAAGAAUGUUAAAAUAUUGGAUGCUUGUGUAGAACUUAUGAAUAAAACUCAAGUAAUACAAAUAAAAUGUUUGUAAUUCCAGAUAUCAUUAAGGAAGAGCUUUAUUCAAAAUUGGUUGUUAGAAUGAAAAAAUUGCUUUAAAUUCAAGACCCAAAAGAUUGUUUUUACUAUUUAGUUCAUUUCUUAUAUGCUUAAUAAUAUCAUGGAGAAGUUUAUGAAAUAUAUAGUUAAGUAGAAAAUAAAUAAAUUUUAAAUAGUCUAACUUAUUUCUAAAAAAUCAAAUGGAAAUUCUUUAUUAUGAUGAUUAAACGGAAUUUAUAUAUUAAUUUGACGGCUAAAUUAGAUGGAAAAAAUUAAGACAAAAUAAAGUUAUCCUUAAAAAUAAAUUAAUUUAUAUAAUCUGAAAGUUUUAAUUAAAGUAUUAAAGAUGGUUUGAUUAAUAUCAUUCAAGAAAAAUUACUUCUUUAAUAGCUUAUGGUUAAAUAAUAUAGGAAAAUUGAUUUUAUUUUUUAGUAUUAUAAUUUGAUUGAAAAUAUUGAAAUUCAAGAAAAAAUACUGAAAUCAAUUUAUGAUUAAUUUCCUAGUUAAAGAAAUUAAUCUCAAUUAAUGUUCUUUUAUGCUGAAAUAAAAUAUGACUGGAAAAAGGCAUUUGAUUAAUUAUAAAUAAAUGCUAUUGAAAAUUCUUCAUUAAGUAUUAUUACAGAUAUUGAUUUUAAUAGAUUAGCUAAUAAAAUGGCUUACUUGAUAUAUUCUUAUGAUGAUAGAAAACUUAAAAUUAUUUCUUAUUCUAAAUAAACUCCAAUUAUAUUUGGUUAUUAAUAAAAAUAAUUUGAUUUAAUUAUUUCUCCUUAUCCUUUAAUUCCAUAAAUAAUAAGAGAUAUACAUGAUCAAUAUAUUGAAGAGUUUUUAUAAAAUGGAAAAGCAAAUUAUUUUAGAUAAGUAGCCUUUAACAUUUGUUAACUUAAUUCAGGAUUUAUUUAAGAUGUUGAAUUUUUUUUUGAUCUUUAUUUUGAUAAUAAUCAAUCUUUUCGUUUCAUUACAUUUCUAAACUUUUAAGAAUAAUCAGACCCAGUAAUAUUGAUUGAUUAAAAUAAUAAGAUUUAAGGAAUAAAUAAAGAAUUAUUCAAGUAAUUGAAUUUCCAUCCUUAAAUAAUUGAUUAAUUAUCAAUAGAAAAAUCUCUUUAUAAUUUGUAAGCAGAUUUAUUUAUUCCUAAUGAUAUAUUAAAUGGAACUUAAAAUUUAUGUUCUUUUUAAUUUCACUUUCCUAAAGAUUCAUUUUUCUAAUAAGAAUUUUCAACGAAUGCAUAAAAAUAAACAUAUUUAAAAAAUAGUUAAAAGUUAUAAUUAUAUGAAGUAAGUUGUGAAAUAGCAAAAAGAAAAACAUACAAAAUUAUAAAGUUUAAGAAAAUAUAAGAAAAUAAACGAAAAAAUCUGGUGAUUUCAGUUGACACACUUGUACCUUUAAAUAAAGACUUACAAAUUAAUAAUGAGGCAUUAAUUGAUCAUCCUUAUGAAUUUUUUAUUCAGAAUGAUUUCAUUUCUCAUAUCAUUAUUCAAACUCCUAGAUAAGCAGACAUUAGAAUUUUAAAUGAAGCAGGAGAUAAAAAAUUUUAGUUAGGAAAUGAAUGGAAAGUAAAUUUAUAUAAUUAUAGUGAAUCUAAUAUUAUUAAUUUUGACAAAAAAACAGUACAAAUUUUGGGGGAUAUUUAUGAUCAUAAUUUAAACAAUUCAGAUAAUAUUGAUUUGAAAUGCCCACAAAUCUUUUCAACGUCUGGGCUAAUGAAAUCAGUUUAUUAUAGAAAAUACACACUUGUUAACAAAUUAAAUAAUUUUACUCCUGUUAUACCUUUAUUAAACAAAUUAUUUGGAUCUUUAAUUUUUGCUCUUAUAAAUUAAAUCAUAUUUAUAUCAAUAGUAAUUAUUUAUUUUAUUUUAGAAUAUGGCUUUUUCAAAAAAAGAUUUUUAUUCUCUCAAUUAUUACUAUGAUUCGAUAUAAAUUAAUCAUUAAUUUAUUGGGCCGAUGUAAAAAUUUUUUUUAACUCGUUAUACGAUUUAAGGUUACUAAAUGCUGAACUUUAAUUAAGCAAUAAGUAGAGAUCAGCUUAAUUAUUAUUUAAAAUUCACCAAUCCGUUAUUAAUUGGAUCUUAUGAUGAAUUUAAAUAGCACUUUUAAGAUCAUUUUUAGGAUGAAGAAUUAUCAGAAUUUAUCAAAGAUGAAUAUGUUAAUAUAUAAUAGUAAACUUCUCAUUAUGCUCCGAUAAAAUUGAAGGAAUACAAUAUAACACUCUAUAAUGCUUUUAGCAUUUUACUUGACGCCUUUUAUAAGUAAAAAUAGAUUUACAUUGUACCUUAAACAGCUAGAGGAACUAAUCCUCAUAACACAUAUUAAUACAAGAACUAUAUUUUAUUUGUGACAGUUUUUGAUAAAAUAUCUGAUUUAAUGUUUUAAGAGUCUAUUUAUAAGAUUGAUUUGGUUCUUAAAAAAUGGAUAAUAAUGGUUAUUCCAAUAUCAAUAUCAGUGCUAAUCUCUAUAUUACUACUUGGAUAUUAUUAUAACUAAUUUAAUCAUUAUUUAGAAAAAAUUUUUAAUCUUAAUAUUCACAUAGAUUAAAUAGAGCUUAAUGCAGAUUAAGGAAGGCAAUUAUUUAUUCUUUAAAGCUUAAAACAAGGAUCAGAAUUAAUACAUUUAUACAAAUUCAAUUUAAUUGGAAAGGAAGAAAUAUUAGAAAAAACAAAAAUAAAAGAAAUAAAAAAGGGGUUGAAAAUUUAGGGUAAUGAACCUAAAGAAAUAAGAUAAUCUAUUCAAAUUUCUAAAUUCUCUCUGAUUUUUUCUUUUUUUUUCUUGCUAAUCCAAUAUUUAUUAAUUGCUGGACUUUUAACCUAUAUAGGGUUUGAAUAUAUGAAUAAAUUUUCUAAAUCUAUUCACUUUUUUAAAUCAAUCUCAGACAUUGGAGUUUAUGUCCCUGCUUCAUUUUCUUAAAAAGAAAUAUUAUAUUUUUUUUUUCAAUUUACUUAUUAUACAAAUGAUGAUAGAGCAUUUUUUGUAGAAUAAAUAUAAAAAGCAGUCACAAAAAUUGAUACUUUCUUAUUAUAAGAUAUUGAAAGUUCAUAAUUACAAUUUUCUGCAUAAUUUUUGGAUACUUAUGAGUAUUUAGAAGAAAAUAAUUUAUGUCCAUUACUUAAUAGUUCAAAGUAUUAUGAUUUUGAUUAUUUUUGUUCAAAUUCUUAGAAUGGAAUUUUGAAAUUGGGUUUAAGAGCAUCAUUAACAAAUUUUAAUAGCAUAUUAAAAAAUGAGUUAAGUAUAAAUUUUCCAAGUACUCGCAAACAACCUCCAAAAGAAGAAUUAGAAGCAGUUUAUUUAUGUUCAGAUAUUAUUAAUGAAAUUACUAAUAAAAUGGAAUAAGAUAUAAAAUCAUAAACUAAAAUUAUUGAGGAAUUAUAUAAUGUAUUUAUAAUUAUAUUAUUAAAUAGAUAAUUACUGCUAUAAGUUUGACUUAUACAAUAGUAUUGAUAAUUACUAUUUAAUUUUCAGUUUACAAAAAAUUUAGAUUGAAUCUUAAUAGAGCAAAAAUGAUCUCAUUAAUUUUCCCAUUAGAAACAAUUUUCUUAAAUGAUCAUUUUGAAAGAGAAUUAAGAAGGAUUGUUACUAGUAAAGAAUUAAUUUGA